AUGAGACAAGGAAUGCUGGGUCCGGACCUCUGGCCAACGCUCCUCUGUCUCCAGCUGCUGUGGCAGGUUGGUGAGGGCAAGUGUGUCAAGGACAAUUAUGUAAUCAAUGUGAUGCAGCUGAAUCACACAGACCUUCCAUGGACCUUCGAUAAAAUAAAACCAGCUGUGCAGCUGGGACUAAGUAUGGUAGAAGAGGAGCUGCAGAGUGCAGGAAAAAAUGUGACAAUCAGCGCCACCUACCAUGACUUCAACACAUCACUGUAUGUCUCACAGGGCUGUCGCACUACCACCUGUGAGGGUGUGGAGGUCAUCAAGCAACUCUAUAAUAGCGGCACACUUGGCUGCGUUGUCCUGGGACCCACUUGUACUUAUGCCACGUACCAGAUGUUCUCCGUUGACACAAUAUUGGGCCUCCCUCUGAUCUCUGCAGGGAGCUUUGGGCUGUCAUGUGACUACAAAGACAACCUAACUCGAAUCCUGACUCCAGCCAGAAAACUGACCUACUUCUUCGUUGAUUUCUGGAAAGAGUCCAAAUUGCCAUUCAAAACCAACUCCUGGGAAUCCACCUACCUCUAUAAGACAAAUGACAUCCCAGAAGACUGCUUCUGGUACCUCAAUGCACUAGAGGCUGGAGUCUCAUACUUCUCUUUAAAGCUGACAUUCAAAGAGGUUUUAAGGACACCAGAAAAAUUAAAGAAAAUUGUGAAGGAUCAGACCCGGAAAAGCAAUGUGAUCAUCAUGUGUGGCUCUCCAGCUGAGGUCAAGACAAUCCUAGAGGGAGAGAAAGUAGAUGAGGACAUAGUCAUCAUCCUGGUGGAUCUUCACAAUAACAUGUACUUUCAGAACACCACCAAAUCAGACAGUUAUAUGCGGAAUGUCCUUGUCCUGACGCUGCCACCACCCAGUGACAGACCAAAUUCCACGGAAGAAUCCCUGCUGAAUAAUGACUAUAUUGUUGGCUAUUUGGAUGGAGUCUUGCUCUUUGGACACGUCCUGAAGAAACUUCUGCUCUCCGAACACUCAAUUGGGAGCCCCGCUGAUUUCACUGAACAUUUUCGGAACAUCACAUUUAAAGGUGCAUUGGGUCCAGUGACCCUGGAUGAGUUUGGAGAUCUUGAUGUCAAUUUGUCCCUAUUGUAUACAUCAGUAGAUACCUAUCAAUUCCAGACCCUCCUGCAGUAUGACACUCAUCAGAAUAAGACAGAACCAAUGACUACCAGCCCAUCUUUCAGCUGGAGGAACCGGAAGCUGCCUAAUGACAUUCCAAGCACUGGCCCGCACAUCCUGACUAUUGCUGUCUUUGCACUCACAGGGACCGUGGUGUUGGUUGUGAUCAUUGCUCCGCUGGUGUUGAGGAAAUACAGGAGAGAUAUUGCACUUCGGCAGAAGAAAUGGUCUCACAUAACACCUGACAAGAUCCUGCCUCUGGAGACCAAUGAGACAAGCCACGUCAGUCUGAAGAUUGAUGAAGACAAGAGGCGUGACACAAUCCAGAGACAGCGCCAAGCCAAAUAUGACAAGAAGGUUGUGAUCCUGAAAGAUCUCAGACAUGAUGGGAAUUUCACAGAGAAACAAAAGAUAGAACUGAACAAGCUCUUCCAGAUGGACUAUUACAACCUGACAAAAUUCUAUGGCACAGUGAAGAUGGACAUGAUGAUCUUUGGGGUGAUUGAAUACUGUGAGAGAGGAUCAUUGAGGGAUGUCUUAAAUGAUAAGAUCUCCUACCCAGAUGGCACCUUCAUGGACUGGGAGUUUAAAAUCUCUGUCAUGUAUGAUAUUGCCAAGGGAAUGUCCUACCUACACUCAAGCAAAACUGAGGUCCAUGGCCGCCUCAAGUCCACAAACUGUGUAGUGGACAGCCGCAUGGUGGUAAAGAUCACUGAUUUUGGCUGCAAUUCCAUUCUUCCUCCAAGGAAAGAUCUGUGGACAGCUCCUGAACACCUUCGUCAUGCUGAUGUGUCUCAGAAAGGUGAUGUAUACAGCUAUGGAAUCAUUGCACAGGAGAUCAUCUUGCGCAGGGAGACCUUCUACACUAACUUCUGCCGGGAUCAUAAAGAGAAACUUUACAGAGUGGAGAGUGGCAAAGGAGUUAGACCCUUCCGCCCAGACCUGAUCCUAGAGACUGCAGGAGAAAGAGAGCUGGAAGUGUUUAUGCUUGUAAAAAGUUGCUGGGAGGAAGACCCAGAGAAAAGACCUGACUUUAAGAAAAUUGAGAGCACUCUGGCUAAAAUAUUCAGUAACUACCAUAGUCAGACCAAUGAAAGCUACAUGGAUACCUUGAUCCGGCGUCUGCAGCUGUAUUCCCGGAACCUAGAGCACCUGGUAGAGGAGAGGACGGAGCUAUACAAGGCAGAAAGGGACAGAGCGGACAGGCUUAACUUCAUGCUGCUCCCACGGCCAGUGGUAAAAUCUUUGAAGGAAACUGGGCGGGUAGAGCCAGAGCUGUUUGAAGCAGUCACCAUCUACUUCAGCGACAUUGUUGGCUUCACCACGCUGUGCCAAUACAGCACUCCCAUGGAAGUGGUGGACAUGCUCAAUGACAUCUAUAAGAACUUUGACCACAUUCUCGACCAUCAUGAUGUUUACAAGGUGGAGACCAUUGGUGAUGCAUACAUGGUGGUGAGUGGCUUACCAAAGAGAAAUGGCAACCGCCACGCAGUGGACAUCUCUAUGAUGGCACUGGAUAUCCUUAGUUUCAUGGGAUCCUUUGAAUUACGACAUCUUCCUGGCCUGCCUGUUUGGAUUCGCAUAGGGAUUCACUCUGGUCCAUGUGCUGCUGGUGUGGUUGGGAUUAAGAUGCCUCGUUACUGUUUAUUUGGAGACACGGUUAACACAGCUUCAAGGAUGGAAUCCACAGGUUUACCUUUACGGAUUCAUGUAAGUGGGUCUACUAUCGCCAUCCUGAAGAGGACAGACUGCCAUUUCCAGUAUAAAGUGAGAGGAAAGACUUACUUGAAGGGCAAAGGAACUGAGAUUACCUACUGGCUGACAGGGGUGAAGGACCAGCAGUAUAAUCUCCCAACACCUCCUUCUGUGGAGAAUCAGCAGCGGUUGCAAGAUGACUUAGCAGGGAUGAUAACAGAGUCUCUGGGGAAAAGGCAGUCUGAAGGGGUCCUGGUCCGUGAGCCUUCCCGGGUGGGCAGCUACCGAAAAGGCACCCUAGAGUACCUGCAGUUGGCCACCACAGAAAAUUCCAGCACUUAUCUGUAAAACUGGAUGUCUAGUGUGACAUAAAAACCAUGUACAGGCUAUGGAAGAUACUACACAGAGGCUGGAAACUGGCACUCUUAGAGAGAGCUGGGGGAAAAAAACAAAUUCUGUUCUCUCUUUGGGAAAUGUCUCUACCACUUGACUUUUUAUCAGUGAAUCAGAUAGACCCUUUGCUGUGGUGCCAAAAUGUAGUUGCCUUCAUGCUUGCUGCAUCUUCCCAAUCACCUGACUUCACCCAUGCACAUCCACCCUGAUCUGGGGAAAGAGAAAAUAUCCAUUUGAGACUGAAAGAUACUGUCUAAUAUUUUUUAAAUGUGAUCGGCUGUUCAAUGACCCAUUUCCCAAAGUCUUCUCUGUAGAGUCUUAAUUUAUCGUGAUUUUAAACUUAGUGUUUAACUGUCAAUUUUUUAUUUGGAAAAAAGUGCAUGUAUAUAUUUUUGAAAAUAUUUAAAAUGUAUGUAGAUAUGGACCUGGAUAUUUUGCAAUUUUGUUUCUUUUGUAAUUUCCCCACUGUAUAUUCUCAAGUGUUUUGUUUAGUCAAAUUAAUCUAGCUCAAAAAAUGGUGCCUCCACUGUUUCGCUAAGGAGAUUAUUCCAAAAUUUGGAUGGCUUCUGAAGCAUAUCUGAAUCUCUUGGGUCUACAGAAUUAAGUUGGAAAUCUUGCAAAAAUUGGCUCUGUCAUAGUAUUUCACUACUUCUGCUUCUGGCCCCAAAACCAGAAACACAUAGACCACUGCAAACAUUAAAAAUAAAACAUAACGGAACAUAA